GUCGCGAUUCCCAAACUAACAGUUUGGUAGCGCGAAAAGAAGAACUAGAUUUAUUUCGAUUUUUAAUAUAUUCAAAUCUGUCCUAAACUCUCUGUUUGUUUUGUGGGAUGAGUUCUACCUCCCAGAAAAGCGGUGUGGUAGUUUGGGAGUGGGAGGAAAGACAGGGUCUCUGGAUUCCUUACCAAGCAGAUGUUGUUGAAUACUUGGAAAAGAAGUAUUUGAGGUUAAAGCAAAGGGUAUCCAAAAAGUCCACCGUAAGUUUGGGAAAACACUUCUUUGGUUUACUCUCCUAUGAAGUUGAUCUUGUAAAUAUGGAACAGCAAAGAACGGAAACAGGGAGAUUAAGAAAGGUCAGGAGAAAUGUUUAUCAAAGCAACUCAGUACCAGGAUGUGGAAUAAGAUGGGAGUGGUAUAAUGAUAUAGUCUGGGUUGCAUAUGACAUUCCAACAUCAGAAGUAAUUGAACAAGCAUACAAGUCUAAUAUGCCAACAUUGGAUUUGUCACACACACCUGUUGCAAUUCCAAAUUAUGUGUACUUUCAAGGGCAUAUCAUAAAACAGGUCAAUAAACAUACAAAUUUUGAAAGAGAAGUGAAGAGAUUAACACACCAGAAGUAUCCAAAGGAUACCCUGGCCUUGAAAACUACUGGGGCAUCCACUAACAGCAGAGGGAAUACCUUGACCUCCAUGAAUGGCCGGUCGGCCUCUAAGCAUACCACACCUUCAAAAUCCACUGUUUCAAGCACAAGACAAAGUGUGAAAACCAGUGGUACUGUGAAGAGAAUGAAGAAGAUGAAAGUUGAAGAUUCUCAAGAUGUUGGUGCAACAGCUGCGGAUCCCCUUUCUGAAUUCUGUAAUGACUUAGCAACAGCUCCAGAUGAGGAUUGUGCUAUUUGUUUUGAAAAGCUCUGCAAUGUCUCCUCAUUUGACGACGAAACUGAAGACAGUGGAAAAGCACAAUCUUCAAAUAUCAAAGAGUUGAGCCAGUGCAAACAUGCAUUUCAUGCCUCUUGUCUCCAAGCAAUGUAUGACAGUGGACCCAAAGAUGGAAGUCUGCAGUGCCCGACUUGUAAAGCAAUUCACGGCAUUAAACAUGGUAAUCAGCCUGAAGAUGGUGUUAUGGAUGUCACUUACUCGCAAAGAAGCCUUCCAGGCCAUGCUGACUGUGGAAUGAUCACAAUUAUAUAUGACUUCUGCAGUGGAAUACAGGGACCAGAACAUCCUAAUCCUGGGAAAACAUACAGUGCAAGAGGAUUCCCACGAACAUGUUACUUGCCAGAUAAUGAGAAGGGAAAAAAGGUGUUAAAGCUCUUGAAAAAAGCUUGGAAAAGAAGAUUAAUUUUCACUAUUGGUACUUCCUCGACAACUGGAGAAGAUGGUACAGUUGUUUGGAAUGAAAUCCACCACAAAACAGAACCAUUUUCAAACCAUAUGGGACAUGGCUUUCCAGACCCAAACUAUCUGGACAAUGUUCUUGCAGAGCUGGCAGCACAGGGUGUCAAAGAUGAUGUAGAAGUCACUCUAAUAUAAUACUAAGUAACAUACUACAAAUUGUGUGUGUAGUCUUGUCAAACUUUGAUUUUCUUAAUAUAAACAAAUAAUUGUUGUUGGAAAAAUAGCUGUGUUCUGGUUAUGAAUCAAUUUUUUCCCUCUGUUUUGUUGCUAAUAUUGUUAUAACUAUCAGUGAUAGGUAAUAUAUUAACUGAUUUUGUAACCAAUCUAUGGGUAACAGGGUAAGUUAGUAUCAUCAACAGAGUUGAUAACAAAAUUGGCCUCUGUAAAGAGUUUUAAAGCUGUGAGAUAGUUUUUAGUAAUUUGGGUGGAAUUAACCUUGGAAAAAAAACAUAACUUUCGAGGGACAGAGAUAGCCCACUCAUUUUGCAGGAAGUUAAUGUUAUGAUUUUAUUAUGGUUUAACCCUUUCUAUCUUAACAUCAGUAUACAUAUUCUCCAUACCGUUCUUUAUACAUUUCCUAUGGUGCUGACAAGGAGAAUUUGUUUAACA